AUGUCCGACCACCAGUACCACUACCAACGCCGCGCGGACGACGCCGACCGUGACAGCUACGGCCGACCCUACCACUACCAGCGCCGGCGGACCUCCUCCAGCGGCCGUUCGCUAUCCCCCAGCGCGCACUCGAGCUCGAACCCGGGCCCGUCCUCGGUCUACCACAUCCGCAACUCGCGCACGCCGAGCGCGGUCCCCGGGAAGCCGGACAAGCUCGUCUUCACGACGACGUCCCUCCGGAACGUCGUCCUCGCCGACCGCCGCGACCGGCGGUACUACGAGGUGCGCACGCCGCCGUGGGAGCGGCACCGGACGCGCGUGGGCCGGAUGGACGCGGUCGUGUUCGAGCCGCUCGCGGAGCUCUUGAACGGGCACGCGCCGGUCCUGGGCGUGGGCUCGCCGGUGUCGGUCUCCGUCGCGGGGGGAGAGGGGAGGGGGCCGGGAUGCAGUCAUGAGGAGAGUGGUAAGGGGGAGUUGAAGCCGGUGGACGAGUUCUUGCAUGUGGAGGAGGGGCAUGUGCGGGGGCGCGAGAUGGAGGGGGGUCACGGUAAGAGCAAGGGCGACGCGGGAGCCGACGUCACUGUUGAAGCCGUGUUGAGCCCGACGGCGAAGGGGAAGCAGCGCAUGAAGGAUGCGGGUGCGGAUGAAUGGUGCGCAUGGUUCCGGGCAAAGGACGGCAAACGGUACACCUGGCAUGCCGGCCCGCAGCGACUCGAGCUUAUAUGUGAAGACCACCCCGCCCACCCCAUCGCAGCGUACUACAAGGAGAAGCGCUUCCUUGGUGUUCUGCGCAUCUCCCAAUAUCCGUACCUCGAGGUGGACCCGGUAUCGACUGCGAACAUUCUUGAUCAGCUCGUUAUUUCCUUUCUGCUUGUGGAGCGGCUCAGAAGGGAGCGCAAUUGGAGUUGA